AUGCAAAGUCUAUCUAGAGUAAUAACGAGUGAGCAAUGUGAUCCGGCCAGCAACCGGCGUCACUUGGGUUCCGGGCCCAGUGAUGUUAAAUCUGUUACCGAAGAAGAAGAAAAUCCUAAAUCUACGAAGUUCAAGCUUACCAGAAAGAAGAAUGAAUGCAUUAAAAUAGCGACGUGGAAUGUACGGAGCCUCAAGAAAGAAGGUAAAUUAGAGAACACAAUACAAGAAAUGACUAGAAUGAAGCUUGAUAUAUUGGGUCUCAGUGAAAUUAAAUACCCGGAUAAUGGUUUUGUAAGUACAGACGAGGCUACCUUAUACUACUCGGGCAACCCGGCAUCAGAUAAAAAGCAUCACCACGGCGUCGGGAUUCUGGUUAAAAACGAGCUGACAAAAUAUAUUACCAACUUCCUGCCCUUUUCAGAAAGAUGCAUGUUACUACAAAUCAGUGGUCAACCUUUCAACAUCAGCUUAAUACAGGCGUAUGCACCAACUGCAGAUAAGAACGACGAGACUAUAGAGGAGUUUUACAGACAACUAGAGGAAAUAAUUAAAAGUAUAAAGUCACAAGACUUAGUAAUAAUUUUAGGAGAUUUUAACGCUAAAGUGGGGAAAGGGACAGUGGGAAAAGUGGUAGGAGAUUUUGGUUUGGGAAAUAGAAAUGUUAGAGGAGACAGAUUAAUACAGUUUUGCGAGGAAAAAGAAUUUAUAAUCACAAACACAUGGUAUCAACACCCACCACGAAGACUAUACACAUGGAUCUCGCCUAAAGAUAACUCUGAAAAAAUUGUUAGAAAUCAAAUAGAUUACAUAUUAGUACCCUCAAGAUUCCGAAACUCGGUUAUUAAUGUUAAGACAUAUCCUGGAGCAGAUGUAGGAUCUGAUCACAAUCCUGUAGUAGCCAAACUCAAGUUAAAAUUAAAGCAAGUAAAAAAACCAGCGCAAAAUAGAGUUAAUUUUGAUCUAAAUAAGCUUAAAAAUGAAGAUACAAAGAAUAAAACCAAGGGUUACUUAAACAACGAAAUAUAUAAAAUGGUUUCUACCGAUUCGGAAUUCCAGCAACAAGAAGUUGAAUCUCAUUGGGAAAAAUUGAAAAGUAUAAUUCUGAAUACGGCUGAAACACAGCUGGGAUACUCUAAGAAACCUAAAAGUAAUAAUGAAUGGAUCACAGAUGAUAUAUUGAAUUUAAUGAAAGAAAGGAAAGAGUAUAAAGAUACAAAUAAGAAGAAAUAUAAAGAGUUGGAUAACAUAAUAAGAAACAAAAUUAGGAAAGAAAGAGAUUCAUACCUACAAAAUAAAUGCGAUGAAAUAGAAAAGCUGGAUGCUAAACAUGAUAGUCUUAACCUACACAAAAAAAUAAAAGACUUCACUAAAACUAACAGAAAACAUAUUAUUAGCAAACUAUAUGAUGAUCAGCAUAACUUAGUAAUAGACAAAGAUGAACAGGGCAGAACAUGGGAACAAUAUAUAGAAAAACUAUUUUAUGACAACAGAUCGAAUGUCCACAGGGAAAACACCGAGAACGUCGCGGAGGGACCGCCAAUUAUUAAAUCAGAAGUUUUGAAGGCCAUUAAGAGCCUAAAAGACGGAAAAGCAGUGGGGCCCGAUGGUGUAUUUGCCGAAUUGCUUAAAUUAUUAGAUGAUAAUAACGUAAUGGUGAUGUCCUACGUCACCACAGAGAUGCAAAGGGCCUUCUCAAGCUCGCGCCAUGCCUUCCUAUCUUCAGCUACCCUCAUGGCCUCGCUCUAG